AUGAAGCCCGAGCCCGCCACCCCGCGUGCCUUGGUACCCCCGACGACAUACGACCCACAACAAGGAUCGUUGUCUGACCGCACCCUCGACGAUGGCUUCUACAGCGCGUCAGCGGCGGCGGCGACCCCGCAGCCAGAAGCUGCAACGGAACCGAUGGCGAGCCUCCCGCGUGUGCAAGCAAUACCACGGAUCCCGGAGACGUCCGGGCAACAACGUGAUACCCACCAGGCGCGGCCUACGGUGGUCUCCCAGCACCGUCCUACCGCCCACAAGCGCGACAGUCGUCGCGGGUGGGCGUUGAAGGGUAUAAUUCACGGUGGACAACGUGUCGCACCGUCACAACAUACGUCGUUCCAUCAUCACGUUUACGCGGCGCCUGUGCAGCCGCAGAGUCAAGGGUGGACCGAUCAUGUACGCGCGCGCGAGCAUGCCCUACAACAGCACGAGCUUCAAAUGGUGGCGCAUCGCGAGUGCAUCGAGGCAGACUGGCGUCAAGCCCACUUUGAGUGGGAGCAACGUCAGAUGCACCAAGCAGCUGCGCAGUACAAGUACGCGAUCGAACAAGAUGCGACGGCGCACACCACGCGGUUCAAGGCGAAAUUGGAGCGCGAGGUGUCUGGAUACAAGGCGCACCUCGACAUGGAGCAGCAGCGUGCGUUCAACAAUGCCAAUCUCAACUGGCAACAGAUGCAGCAGGUCCAGCAGCAACAGCAGCACGUCGUCACAGUCAACGGCGGCGCCACUCAUCAGCGGGACGGCUUCAAGGAGCGCGACCAACAGAAGUUCGUCAAGCGCUUCAUCGUGUACGCCCGCGGUCAAGACGCCAUUAGCGUGAGCAGCGGUGUGCGCAUUGGGACGGACAUCCGCGAGACGGAGUGGGAGGCGAUAUACGAGGCAUCGAUGCUCAUAUCAUCGUCGAGCAAGGCUGUCGUCGUCGCCCGCCUCAAACAGCUGUCGAUGGACAACACCCUCCUUCGCACGAGCGACCGCAUGACGGACUGGCAGGCGAGGUACAUGGACAUCCUCACGGAUGAGGCAGCCGAGGACAUCGACUACUUCCAUCCCAAGGCCGUCAUCCAGGCGCUCAAGUAUGGCAUGAAAUCCGACGAAGCGAAGGCGCUGGUGCGCAACAGCUACGACUUCGAUGACAAGGAGAUCAAGUUCAACGUCUCCAAGUUCUGGAGCCAUGUGCGCUGUGUGCUGAGCAACGUGCUCCCGGCCAUGGCGGCCGAGGCCGACGCACUCCACGCCAAGGGCAUCAGCAACAAGGAACGUGCCGAAGCAGUCCCAGCUUCGGCAACAGUGUUGGCCGCCGAGGUCAAAAGACUUCAAGACUACGCCAAACUGACAGCGGCUGAGGUCAAAAGUUUGACGCUUGAAGCCAGAACCCGCCCCGCUUGUGGAGGUGGGGGCGGCAAUGGUUGCGAUAGCAUACUUCGACCGCCCGACCCACUCGUGGAUCGGGCCAAAGCGAGCUGCGGGAACGGCGACGUCGCCAAGCCCAAGACGGUGCUCGCUAUCUCGCACCCAGAGGUCGUGUAG